CAAAAUAAUUCUUUAUUUUAAUAAUUAUUAUUGAACAAAAAGAGUAUGGAUUUUAGCGAGUGUACAUAAGUUCCCAUGGAUACCUGUGCAUCAUCACAAAUCUCAAUACAAGCUACAAACCCCACUUUGUGUUCUCUCUACUCUUUCCAUCUCAUCUUUUCUCAUUUGCCGGCCACCGACACAUCAUCUUUCCGGCGAAUUUCUCAUCUAUUGCCGCAGAACCGCCGCCCCACUACCAUUUCGCUUAUAUUUCCAUCUCUCCGGUUGAAACCAGAAUCGACUUCUUUCAAAUUCUCUUUGUCGGUAGAUUCUAAAAUCUGGUUGAGGAUUGUAGAAAAUUUCAAUGCGCUUGUGAAAUAAACGCUGUUUUUUUUUUUCUGUAUAAUUUUGUCCAUAAAUGGUUUCCUGAAAACCUAGUAAUUAUGUGCAAUUAGAUGAGAGAAAAAGCGGUGCAUUUUGCAGAGAAUUAAUAUCACCGAAAAACUUGCAAAACUUGCUUAUUUCAUGGUAGACAAGUCUGCCAUUAAAUUGUAGUUGGAUCCGCCAUAAUUGCGUUCCCUACAAAAUUCGGAUCUCGAUAUUACAUCUUAUUCAUAUCGUUCCGGCGGCGACAAUUUAGCGGUUAUCUUCAUCAAUCCAGAUCCUUCUUUUGGUACUAAAAUAAUCACUGUUUGAGUUGUGGAUGUAUGAGAGAGAUGUGCAAGGUAGACGAUAGAGAUAAGAUGAAGCAGAAGAAGAGAUUUUCAAUCGGAACAAUGGGGUUGAAGAGCUUAGGAGUUUGUAGAGUUGAAAAGUUAAAAAGUUCAAUGGUGAAUGCUAGGUCUCCGAGAAUGAAGCUGUGGUUAAUUAGGGCAACGACGACUGUGUUGUUGUGGACAUGCUUCGUUCAGCUUACAGCAUUAGGGGGUACAUGGGGACCUAGGGUUUUGAAAGGUUGGCCUUCUUGCUUUACUCAAGAUUCACAUUCUGCUUCUGCUUUAGAUCUAAAGUUGUUGCCCACUGUUCCACCCAGAGUCCUUCCACCCAAGAGGGUCUACAAGAACAAUGGUUACUUAGUGGUUUCAUGUAACGGAGGACUCAAUCAAAUGCGUUCUGCUAUUUGCGACAUGGUUGCAAUUGCUAGAUAUUUAAAUGUUACACUUAUAGUCCCCGAGCUUGAUAAAACUUCUUUCUGGUCUGAUCCAAGUGAGUUUGAGGACAUUUUUGAUGUUGAUCAUUUCAUCACAUCAUUAAGAGAUGAAGUACGAAUUCUUAAACAGCUUCCACCAAGGCUUAAAAAGAGGGUCGAAUUGGGAAUUGUGCACACCAUGCCUCCUGUUAGCUGGUCUGAUAUUUCCUACUACCAUAACCAGAUUCUUCCAUUGAUUCAAAAAUACAAAGUUGUGCAUUUGAAUAGAACAGAUGCUCGUUUAGCCAACAACAAUCAACCCUUAGAGCUCCAAAAGCUGAGGUGUCGAGUAAACUUUGGUGCUUUAAGAUUCACAACUCAGAUAGAAGAAUUGGGAAAACGUGUAGUCAAUCUUUUGAGAAAAAACGGACCUUUUUUAGUGCUUCAUUUGAGAUACGAAAUGGACAUGUUGGCUUUCUCUGGGUGUACACAAGGAUGCAAUAAUGAAGAGAUAGAAGAGUUAACACGAAUGAGAUAUGCAUACCCAUGGUGGAAAGAAAAGAUUAUAAAUUCUGAUUUAAAAAGAAAAGACGGGUUAUGCCCUUUGACACCUGAAGAAACUGCUCUUACACUUAGGGCACUUGAUAUUGAUCGUGAUAUCCAGAUUUACAUAGCUGCUGGUGAAAUAUAUGGAGGGAAAAGAAGAAUGGAUAGUCUUCAAGAUGCAUUCCCAAAACUGGUGAGAAAGGAGACACUUUUAGGGGCAGAUGAUCUUCAGUAUUUUCAGAAUCAUUCUUCUCAAAUGGCAGCAUUGGAUUAUCUUGUGGCACUUGAGAGUGAUAUUUUUGUGCCUACUUAUGAUGGAAACAUGGCUAAAGUUGUGGAAGGGCAUCGAAGAUUUUUGGGAUUCAAGAAGACAAUUCUAUUGGAUAGAAGACUUUUGGUGGAUUUAAUAGACAAAUACACAAAUGGGCUUUUAAAUUGGGAUGAAUUCUCCAUUUCUGUGAAACAAGUGCAUCAAGAACGAAUGGGAAAUCCCACAAGAAGAUUGGUUAUUUCAGAUAAACCAAAGGAAGAAGAUUACUUUUAUGCAAAUCCAGAAGAGUGUUUGCAUUUGCACACAUCAGAAUCAGAUGAUGAAACGCUCAGCAUCCUAUGACAAGGCUUU